GUUCUGGCUAUUUUACAAAAUCUUUUGGCUAUUUGCACUUCCACAUGAAUUUUAGAAUCAGCUUGUCAAUUUCUUUUUAAAAGGCUGCUAGAAUUUUGACUAGGAUUGCAUUGAAUCUACAGACCCAUUAUGAGGGCAACUGACAUCUUAUUAUUGAGUCUUCAAACUCAUGAACACAGUAUACCUCUCCAUUUAUUAAGAUUUCUAAAUUUCUCUCAGCAGUGAUUUGUAGUUUACAGUGUACAAGUAUUGGUACAUCUCUUGUCAGAUUUAUCUCAAAGAUUUUUUAUUUUUGAUGCUCUGGCAGCUUCAUCUUAAUGUGGAAAAUAAAAGAGAUGGAUCACUCUCACUGCCUUUGCAAUUUUUCUGUAAAUAUAAAGCUCUUCCAAAAUAUAAAGUUGAGAGAGACAGAGAUUGAUUCAGAAGUUGCCCUUUAGCACUGAAGCUGCCCAUGCCCCUUACCAACACUGGAGGAUUUUCUCCAGUAGCUCUUGACAGACACAUGAAGUAGUAGAGGUGGUGGCUGAUUGGGUUGAUGUGAGGUUAGAGAUCUGGAUUAGGCGCAGGUCCCCUCCUCCUGCCACUUGUAGUCCUCCAAGCAGCUAGUCUCAGUCUCCACUGUCAUAAAUACAAAUGCCAAGAUCCCUUCUCUUUAUGCUCUGUGGAGGGAUAACCCAGUCUCUUCUGCCACCUCCCCCAAUUCCUCUUUGCCUAGGCUUUGGAGUGCAGGACAGGGAUGUGGGGCUGAAAAGACAUGUGGACGAGGGAGGGGAGGAUAUUCAGGUGACUGAGGGGAAGUCCCAGAUGUUGGAAGUCCCUUUUAUGAAAGGGAGACACUGUAAUCUACCACUACAGGUCCUUGGAUUCUGAGAUAGAAAAUGGGGCUGGAAAAGUAUGGCUCUAGAGGGUAAUAUGAACGUGAGAGAUGGCAAAAGCAUUUCUGUUGGGUCCAGUUCCUCCUCUUCCUGCAGCAGUUGUGGGGGAAGACCAUCGAAAGCAGAGUUGUCGCUGUCCUUCUGUCCAUAUCCUGGUGCUCUUUCCUUUGGCGCUUCCCAAAGGCAGGGUCUGGCACUUCUGGCACUCCGAAAGGGGAAGAGGUUAGAGGUGGAAAGAAAUUCCCAAAGGGUGUUUUGUGAGGUACUGGAAAGAGCUAGAUUCUAGGAGUCAGAAGACUUUUAUCUCAAAUCCUCACUCUGCCACUACUUCCCCUGUGGCCUUGGACAAGUCACUUUCACACCCUAUAAAAUGAGAAACUGAACUAGAUGAUCUGAAAAGCCCACCCAUCUCAAAAAGCUUAUUAUAUUUUACGAGGAUAGGGACCAUAUUAUGUUUUCGUCUCCCCAGCAUCUAGCACAGUGCCUGGCACAUAGUAAGUGUUCAAGAAAUGCUGUGAUUAGUGAAUGAAUGGAUGAAUCAAGGAGCAAACUAACAAAAUACUACAAUGAAGGGGCCCAAAGUGAAGUUCUUAAACUUGGUCAGUUGGCGGCACCACCUCUCUACAGAACCACAAAGGAGUGUUGAUAGUCUCAGACCAAGGGAAAGGAUUUCGAUUAGAAAAGAAUAAAGGUAAAAAAAAAUGAUCAGAGGACCGGAUAUUUCAAAUGGAAAGCAGAACCCUGAAAUUCUGACCCAGCUUCUGUUUUCCAAGCCAAGAGACAAUAGGUCCAGUGCACUAAAAGACAUCGUGGCUGCCAGAUGGACAAGGUGACGCAGGGUGGGUGGAAGAGUAAACAUGGCCCUGAGAGAGGGAAUGAUUGGCACGAGUCAAACGGGAGCAGUCCCUGAGGCCAGGAGGUAGCCCCUGGGGCUUACCUGAACUUGGGCUGGGCACUCCCCUUCAGCCACCCCCUUCACACCCAUCCCUUGCUGAAGGACCCAAACAUCCUGGCACCCAGUCUGAAUCUCUUUCACCCCUGCGUCUCUCCCAUAGGGUUCAUCAAACCCAUUGUUGAUUAUCCUGAAAGGGCCCCUCUCCUCCCCUAGCACCCAAGGGAACUGAACGUCAAACAUCUUAGUUAGCUAGCAGAGGACAGGAAGGUGCUGAAUAUUUUCAAAAAGCCUCAUUCUUUUAUCUACACCCUGCCCCUCGCCCCACGUCUUCUAUUUUCCGCCAUCACUGCAAAUUCUGCAAAGGAUAGGGAUACAGGCACAAAAGGGGAGAACCUAAUGAUGCACUUUUUCCAUUUAGGACUGAGAUCAUGGGGAGACAGGAUGAUGUGUGAUUAAGGGUAUAUCUCAGAAUCCACAGCUCUGAAAGGGGGUUUGGGGGUUGGAGGAGAGAGUAGGGGUACCAUUGACCUCUGUCUCCACAGAUUAGAGUAGGAAAGGGUGAAAUGGCAGUGGGAAUGGUAGAGGUUACAGGACUUCUUAGCAAGAAGAGAACGGAGGGCACGCCCCAGGCCUGCUCAGGUCCUCGUAGGCUGUGUUCCCAGUAGGGAGGGAACAGGAAGCUGUGACUUCCUCUCCCCUUUUCCUCCCUGCCCUUAGCCUCAAAGUCACUUGAUGCUGCAAUGAAUUCCAAUCUGUGUUUUAGUUGGCACUGUUCCCGGGGCAUGGUGAUAAUAGCUGCUCGGUACCUUGCUCCCUUGUGCCACAAACACCCCCAACUUUUCCUUUGAAAUAAUAAUCACUCAUGCAAGUAGCAAUGUAUAAAGUGCUUUUUCAUGUUUUAUCUCAUUUUACCACACCAAUCCCGUAAAGCAGAGACUUUUACCCGAGAAAUUUAAGCUAGGAAACUGAGGCUCAGGGGAGUAAAGUAAUUCACCCAUAGUUACACAGCGAGUGAGGAGAUGAUCUGGGACUCCAGAACGUCUGCUCUUUUUCUCUCUCAAAUACAUGUUCUGAUUCCCUGCCUCCAUGCUCCCUCCCAGGCCCCUUCCCCUUGGCUCCAAGGGAGCAUUUUCUGCAGAGAAGGGGGCCCCUGAACACCGUUAGGAUUAGAGGGGGCUCCAGUUUGGUUCCUGUCAUCCCUGAGAUGGGGUAUCUGUGGCCCUCUCCCUGGAGUGGAGGCUUGGGGCUACCCUGCAUAGUGGGAUCAUUCUCCCUCCCCCCACCCUCUUCUGCAGAGAGCUCUACACAAACACAAACACAUUUAUCCCAACGUUCAGGUUCUCUCUCACCCUGCCCCACCCACCACCAAGACCAACAGAGAAGAGGCAGGUUGUCCCUCCCACCCCGAGGUGUGGGCGUGGGCUGGGCCUCCGGGCAGCCAGAGGCUCCGAGAGAAGCAGAGAAGCGCUCAGAUCUACAGCGUCCUGCUGAGAGCCUUAGGUGGCCCCUGCCAGUCUGGCAGGCACCCCUGGCCCCUCUGCCCAGCACCACUGACAUCUGAUGCCCUGCGAUGUCCACGCCCAACACCUCUGUGCCCCCGCCUGCUUUCUGGGUCAACACCUCUGGAGGCAGUGUGCUGAGUGCUGAUGAAGCUGUGAUGCCUGUUGGAUUCCUAGCCCUGAGGGUUGCCCUGGCCUAUGGGCUUGUGGGGGCCAUCGGCUUGCUGGGAAAUUUGGCCAUACUCUGGGUUCUGGGUAACUUCGCUCGGCGACCCCGCCCACAUUCUGACACUUUUGUCUUUAAACUAGCUUUGGCAUACCUGGGGCUGGCUCUCACUCUCCCCUUCUAGGCAGCCGAGUCGGCACUGGACUUCCACUGGCACUUCGGAGGUGCCCUCUGUAAGAUGGUCCUGACAGCCACUGUCCUCAACUACGCCAGCACCUCCCUCAUCACGGCGCUGAGUGUUGCCCGAUACUGGGUGGUGGCCAUGGCUGCAGGACCCAGCACCCACCUCUCGCUCUGGGCCCGUGUGGCCACCCUGGCCGUGUGGGUGGCAGCUGCCAUGGUGACUGUGCCCACGGCUGUCUUUGGGGCCAAGGGCGAGGUGACUGGCGUGCGUCUGUGGCUGCUGCGCUUCCCCAGCAGGUAUCAGCUAGAGGCCUACCAGCUGCAGAGGGUGGUCCUGGCCUUUAUGGUGCCGCUGGGCAUCGUCACCACCAGCUACCUGCUGUUGCUGGCCUUCCUGCGGCGGCGGCAACGGCAGGACAGCAGGGUCAUGGCCCGCUCCAUCCACAUCCUCCUGGCCUCCCCCUUCCUCUGCUGGUUCCCCAACCACGUGGUCCCUCUGUGGGGAGUCCUGGUGAAGUCUGACCUGGUGCCCUGGGACAGCACUUUCUACACCAUCCAUACCUAUGCCUUCCCCAUCACCACCUGCCUGGCACACAGCAACAGCUGCCUCAACCCCAUGCUGUACUGCUUCCUAAGGCGGGAGCCCCGGCACACCUUCAGGGAUCUGUGAGCAAGGCUGUGGCCCCAGGGCCAGGGCUGGGUAGAACAGGUGGCCCUAAAGGAGGUGGGCAGGCGGUGGAUGGAGAGCACCCGUUGGGAGGGUGGCCCUUCUACCAGGCUUACCAACCUGGACAAAGGGACACCUGGAUGAAGGGGGCAAGGGAAACCCCCUCCUCUUUGUGGGGAUCCACGCAUCCUAAGGAGAGAGAGGUUGGCCUCUCUGCCACGAUGCAACGCCCUCAGGGAAAGUCUGAUCUUUGAUCCCCAACUCUGGCUAUGGGGGAACAGGGAGGCUGGGACCCAGGUCAGGGCUGGAUAUGACCAAGUGGAAGUCUCCACAUGAAGAUGGGAAUGAUUAGGAUCUGAGAAUAAACCUCUGGAGUAUCCACAAAGUGUCUGCACCUUUCAUCUCAGUUCCACCUCCAGGUCAAGGUGGCCAAAAGGAUUCUUUGCCCCAUUUCUGCCUUCUGUGAGAAUUCCCAGGAAAAUUUCCCUAAGGGUUCUAGAUUAAUUGGGUCAUAGGUCAGUGCCUAUCUCCCUCUAUCCCUUCCACCCUCCCUCCCUCACCUCAAAUGGGGUGUACCCUUGUCCUUCUCUGGUGCUGGGGCCAAAUAUGCCCUUCUCCUCUGGCCACCUCUACCUUCUUACCAUCUCAUUAGUAUCUACAGAAACUUGGUGCCCACAGACACCUCAGCUGCAAAAGCGGUAGUUCUCCCUGCUGUGUGUGGGGUCUUGCUGGAUCCCUAGCUCCAGCCAAGCCCGGAGCACAAACCCCUCUUUCUGGCUGGGAGUACUCGUGUGUCUCUCCUUAAAUCAGGAUCUGGAGGGAGAAGUGAAGAUAAGGACAAGGCAAGGAUGUGGGUGGGGCAUAGGGAGGCAAGAGAUGUGGAAGGGGGUUGGGAGGAGGCUGAAUGUGCAGCUAGAGGAGUGGGAACCACAGAAUAUGGUGCUACUCUUCCUCCUCCCCCAAGGGCUUAGCUCAGAGCAUCAACUCAGGUGUCAAAACACCUGGAUUCACAUCCUAGGUCUGACACUAACCAGCUGAGGGACCUCGGUAAGUUACUUUACUUCUCUGUACCUGUUUUCUCAAUUUAAAAUGGGCUGUUAAGGAUUUAACAGUGCCUGAAAUAGACUUUUAGCUAUUAUUCUUACACCCCAUGUAAAAUGGAGACAGAAUAAAAAAGGAAGAAAUAAGGGGGCAACUGGGAGACAGGGACAAGGAGCCAUAAAGGUCUUGUAUGGAAUUUUUACAUGCUCUGGAGUGAAAUGAAAGUUUUACAUAAGGAAAUGAGUGAGGGGCUGGCCCCUCAGGCCCCUCCUGAGGUGCUCCAGAGCAGGGAGGUUCCCCUUUGGUUUCUGUAUCUGUAGAUACCCAGCAAUGAUAAAUGCUAGCCAUCAGAAGGGACUUUUGAGGUGUGGGGGGGCAGCCCCUGGGAAGGAGGGAGGUGGCAGAGGGAAAAUGGGGUGAAGCUCCACUGCCACUGCCCCACCCCAAGGUCUGACAUGUCUUGAACCCAGCUGGGCUCGGCACCUCCUGAGUGAGUGAAGCCCCCUCUGGAGGGGGCACCGCCUGCACCAGCUCCAUCCAGUUGCUGAACAGAAGAGGCUCUAAAGAGCCGCCUAAUUCACACCAUAUUAAGCAAUGCUAAAGAGAUUUAAUUAGCCUCUUGAUGUUUAAUUUCCUUUCUUUGAUAAUGUUUAAACGGUUCCAAAAUCCACAUCUAUUCCCAGCCAAUUCAGGAUGGAAAAUCCUCCACCACUCAAGCACCCCUCUUCCCAUCCCCUGCAGCUCCUCUGAUGGCCCUGCUGGGGCUCCGGAUAUGGGCUCCUCUGGGGGCAUCGUUGCUUUAUGGGCUUUAUGGGACCCGGAGGUAAAUAUUGACAAAGUUUAAACAGGUCCAAGUCAGAGGUGAAUGAAUGCAUGCAGACCCACCCUUUGGGAUGGGUGAGGGAGGGGAGGGUGCAAUGGAAAGGAGGCAUUGCUGUGGCAAGAAGCUGGGCCCUGGCUCCCUGGAGCUCAAGCCAGAGAGCUGUGAAACUGCCAACAGGGUAGACAGAGAGUAAGACUGAGUUUCCAAAAAUGGGAAUAGAGAGGGGACAACGGACAGAAUGGGAAAGACAUGAGAGAGGGACUAAUCUCAGAGGAACUACCAUGUCAGAGAAAUGUGUGUCUUGUUUUGGGAUCAAGGAUGAGGAGGGGGUUUCAGUGCAGGGGCGGCAGGAGGGACAGAGCAGCUCUCCUGUGAGCUGUGGGCUUCUCAGAACCCACGCUCUGGGCUCUGCGUCCCCAGGUUUCCGUUACCCUCCUGACCAGCAUCCUUCACUGGAUCUAUAAGAAUGCUGGAGGAGCCUGCAUUCCCUUUCCUAAUGGUCUUUGGAUGCUAACAUGCCCCUGCUCUGCCUUUACAGCUUUGGGUCCCAGCUGCUUCCCACUGACGCGGCAGACAGCUGCUGAGCCAUGGGCCAUCGUGUUGGAAACUUUGGAGCUCUGGUGUUUUCCAGCAGAGUAGCCGAGGAGAGGAAGUGGAGGACUGCAGCUAGGAGGGCUGGCCCUUUCCUGGCCCCUCUGCUGGGCUGGCAACCCUCUGCACCCAGGUUUCCCUGUCUAUGAAAUGAGAAUGAUUCCUACCUCACAGAUUCCGUUAUGGAUGAGAAAGCACCUUGUCAAGGCCAGAUGCUGAUGGAUGAGAAUUACAGGAGUGGAGGGUGCUGGCUGCUCCCCCCAAGCCUGCCCCCCACCCCAGGUGAUUUCAAUUCCUCUUUCUAGCUGAGGUCACGAGCCCCAUCCUUCCCAUCUUACCCCAUGGGCUCCAACAGAGGUCUGUGCACUGUGCCAGCAUUUAUACAACUCUAGACUCUCUCACCCCUCCCCCUACAGCCCCAGAGCAGGGUAUUAACCAGAAACAGGAAGCAAAAAAUUAACCAAAAACAAGAACUGAAACCUACUUCAUCUCUCACUGCCUCUCAAAAUGGCAAAGAGCAAAUGAGCAGCUCCUAUGAGGGGAACUGUCUUAAAAAGGUUAAACCAGGGCUCUGGCACUGUGAAGAACAAGGGCAGAGUGAGGGCUGAACCUG